CACUGUACCUAAUACACUCAGUGUAUAUACUACACAGUGUACACACACAGUCUAUACACACAGGCUACUCUAUGCAUGCUGUACACACACAAACACACAAACAAACUUUUCCCCACUGAACUGCCUACAGUAUCUUUGAUCCCGCCUUCAUAAAACACUCCUUUAAUAUAGCUAUAGAUGGAGUAUCUAGUAGGACAUUGUGCUCCCUUCAGAGAAGCCAACCCAGUUAGUAUCCUGAUUCUCAACUCUUCUCCCAAAGUGAGAAGUAUGGAUUUAUCAAUGGUGGAAACUUCCUCCAGCCAACGCUUGAAUCAAAUCUAUGAUGGGGAGUAUGCCAGUGCACACUCCUGGAAGAAGAGAAUCAGAACAGAGAAAGGGAGACAAAUGCAGCACACUCCGGGGUGAAGCUACAGAUCUUGGAUCAGUUUUCCCUCUCCCUCAUCAUAACCUUAACCAUUAGUGUAGAGAAUUGGCCCAAAACUGAUCCAAGAUCAGCGUGUAGGGGCAUCUUCACUGUACAACACAGUAAUGUGACCCUCUCUCAUUGCCCCUGGUUGUGCAGACAGCGAGAUUCUGAAUAACAGAUCUAGUGAUGGUACACUGCAUAUUCUCUUGAGUGUCGUGGCCUUAAGGUGCCUCUGUGAUGUUUGUGUUGGUAUCCCACUGGGGCACAAGGUUGAAUCAGCCUUGUUUUCACGUCAUUUCAACCCCCCAAAAAUCGAUGUGAUGACAUUGAAACAACUUAAGAAGAUUUAUUUAUUUAUCAACCAACUUUUAACAACUUCUAAACUAGACGUUGAACUGACGUCUGUGCCCAGUGGGAUAGUUGUUGUCUUUAGGUGUCAUUUCGGCUCUCACAACUUGGAGUGCUUUGGUGGCUUCUUUUCUGAAGCAUGGUUGUUUUUGGUGUCUAAAUGUUGUUGGGUCAGGUGAUGUUGUUGGGUCAGGUGAUGUUGUUGGGUUAGGUGAUGUUGUUGGGUUAGGUGAUGGUGAUGUUGUUGGGUCAGGUGAUGUUGUUGGGUCAGGUGAUGUUGUUGGGUCAGGUGAUGUUGUUGGGUUAGGUGAUGUUGUUGGGUUAGGUGAUGGUGAUGUUGUUGGGUCAGGUGAUGUUGUUGGGUCAGGUGAUGUUGUUGGGUCAGGUGAUGUUGUUGGGUCAGGUGAUGUUGUUGGGUCAGGUGAUGUUGUUGGGUCAGGUGAUGUUGUUGGGUGAUGGUGAUGUUGUUGGGUUAGGUGAUGGUGAGGCUGUUGGGUCAUGUGACGUUAGGUUAGGUGAUGGUGAUGUUGUUGGGUUAGGUGAUGGUGAUGUUGUUGGGUUAGGUGAUGGUGGUGAUGUUGGGUUAGGUGAUGGUGGUGAUGUUGGGUUAGGUGAUGGUGAUGUUGUUGGGUUAGGUGAUGGUAAUAUUGUUGGGUCAUGUGAUGUUGGUUUAGGUGAUGGUGAUGUUGUUGGGUCAUGUGAUGUUGUUGGGUUAGGUGAUGGUGAUGUUGUUGGGUUAGGUGAUGGUAAUAUUGUUGGGUCAUGUGAUGUUGUUGGGUUAGGUGAUGGUGAUGUUGUUGGGUCAUGUGAUGUUGUUGGGUUAGGUGAUGGUGAUGUUGUUGGGUUCGGUGAUGGUGAUGUUGUUGGGUUAGGUGAUGGUGAUGUUGUUGGGUUAGGUGAUGGUAAUAUUGUUGGGUCAUGUGAUGUUGUUGGGUUAGGUGAUGGUGAUGUUGUUGGGUCAUGUGAUGUUGUUGGGUUAGGUGAUGGUGAUGUUGUUGGGUUCGGUGAUGGUGAUGUUGUUGGGUUAGGUGAUGGUGAUGUUGUUGGGUUCGGUGAUGGUGAUGUUGUUGGGUUAGGUGAUGGUGAUGUUGUUGGGUUAGGUGAUGGUGAUGUUGUUGGGUUAGGUGAUGGUGAUGUUGUUGGGUUAGGUGAUGGUGAUGUUGUUGGGUUAGGUGAUGGUGGUGAUGUUGGGUUAGGUGAUGGUAAUGUUGUUGGGUUAGGUGAUGGUGAUGUUGUUGGGUUAGGUGAUGGUGGUGAUGUUGGGUUAGGUGAUGGUAAUGUUGUUGGGUUAGGUGAUGGUGAUGUUGUUGGGUUAGGUGAUGGUAAUAUUGUUGGGUCAUGAUUAGAAUGUAAAAAGGUUGUGUCUUAUUGUUUCCACACAAACAAGCACUGCUUACUUAGUCUCUUUGGAAAGACUGGUGGAACUUUCGAUUGAAGACAUUACCGUCUGUAUUUUCAAUGUCAUGAGCCUGUUUUUCCCCCCUUUCAGCCAAAGCUCAGCUGAGCACUGACUGACCAUUGACACAGACGCCAAGACACCGACAGGACAUCCGUGAAUGAAAAUAAUCGAUGGGCAAAGGAUCUAAUACUAAUCAUUUUCAGCAAUUAAAGCCAGAGUGAUGUUUUAUAAUACUUUUAAUUGGAGUUACUCGAAACUCAACGAGAGCAUUGAAACUGUGCGUGUACCUAAUGUUAAGUUUGAAUUGGAGUUGUGUUUUGCACUUUAAUGUUGUGUGUAAUUGUCAACACUAAUAGUUUUUGAAGUGUGGUCUAUAUUUCUAAACAAAAAGUUCUAAACAAUGUUUUAUAGGUCGUUGAGAUGGAAAUGUAAUUAUGACAUGAAUCAUAUAUUUAUUUUAUUUUGACUAAUGAAAGACAAUCUUGGACCAAAUUGCAACUUUGUAGCUCAGCACUGCCAUGUAAACGCUUUUGCCAAUCAACUGUAUUGUAUUAUGUGUAAUUUAAAAGGGAAAUAAAACCAUAAUGAUGUUUUCUGGAAAUAAAGGUUUUAACAAAACAUGUUGCCUCCUGUCCAGUUCUCUCUCAAUAUUUAAUCAUGAACACACGUAUACGGUCAAUGUGUCAUAAAUCAACUCACUUCAAACAGUAAAUGCAAGACGAUUCAAACACGAGCAUGUUUAUUUUGGGCUCAAUUCCAGCCAUAGUGCUUAAGAUCGGCUUUAUAGCGCAAUUGACAAUUAAAGGGAUCACUCUUAACAUUUCCCCCAAAAAAUGUAAUGACAAGACAUGGAAAAUUACAACAUUGUCUCACUAAUGCAUUUCCACAAAAUACACAUGCGCAGCAGAUUUGGCAACAACAAAAAAGCACAUUAUCCAUACAGGUUGUUGCAUGGAAUCCUUUUAGCCUGGCAUAUUUACUUCACACAAAGUGGCCAUCAAUUAAAAACACACAUAACUGACAUUGCUCGACUGCACACCAGAUCCGAAUGCAGUUGAGUUUGCAGUUUUGAGUUCUCAUUAGAACUGAAAAUUAGAUCCCGGUCCGACCCAAGUCCGUAAAGCUUGAAGCCCGAGCCCAGGCCUGACAUCACAGAAAUUAAAUUAGCCCCAACCUGGAAAAAAAAGCCAGAUUUCUAGAAAAAUAAGUAUAAUGAUUUAAAUUGGUUUUGAGAACAAGGCGGGUGGCAGCACAGUGAGGAGAUGAGGAAAUAGCCAUUGGAAAUAGAAAAGGCGCAGAGAGAAAAACUCACCUUAGUUAUGAUCAACUGAAUGAUUAAAAUAUAGGCUAAUGCAAUUGAAGGCAUGUAUCAAAUUCUUGCUUAUACUGUA